AUGGCCUCGAGUAGGCCCACCGUAUUCGUCAGCAGGAAUGACGUGCCACACGAAGCCAUUGACCUCUUGAAGAAAACGUGUAACUUAAAAGUAGUUCACUGCAUGGAAAAUAAUUGGAAAGAACUAUGGACGCAACACGUCAACGGGAUGAAUGCCCUCUACAUACAGAGCUACGAAAAAAUUGACGCAGAAACGCUGAACCUAGUAGGUCCAAGUUUGCAAGUAGUGUCCACGCUGUCCGCAGGUCACGAACACAUCGACAGAGACGAGUGUCGCAAGAGGAAUGUUCACGUGGGCAACACUCCGCAUGUACAGGACGACGCAGUCGCUGAAUUUGCGGUGGCACUGACUCUUGCAGCUUCCAGACGAAUGUUCGAAGGCGCCAACGCCAUACUCGCGGGAGAUUGGACUCUGGAAAAUUGGGGUAUCUGCUGGAUGCUUGGCCCGGAGCUGGUAGGAAAAGUCGUUGGCAUUGUGGGCCUGGGUGGAAUCGGUCUGGAAAUCGUCAACCGGUUACGGGCCUUCAAGGUCCGAAGCUUCUUGUACUACAACAGGCGUCCCAGAAUGGAUCCGCUGCCGCACGACAUCCAGUACAGCUCCCUCAAGCAUCUGCUGGUGAACAGCGACAUCGUGAUCGCCAGCUGCCCGCUGAAUCCGGAGUCUCGGCACAUGUUCAACGAGAAAACUUUCAGGCAGAUGAAGCCCACGUCUAUAUUCGUCAACGUCAGCAGGGGCGAAAUCGUGGACCAGGACGCCCUCUACGAGGCCCUCAAGAACAACGUCAUCGCCUUUGCUGCGACGGACACAACGACGCCCGAGCCUCUGCCCUAUAGCCAUCCUCUUUUGACACUCAAAAACUGCAUUGUGACACCCCACAUGGCUGCAGAUAGCAAGGAAACCAAAGUUAAAACAGCCCUCAUGUGUGCCGAAAACAUCCUUGCGGUCCUCGAAGACAAGUACAGAAGAAACACAUCCCUACUCUGCUAACCAAGGCCCGAAAGAAAAUGUCAAAACAGACAAAAUUAUUAGCCAGUGGCAACACAGUAGCUGGUGAAAUAAAUAUAGGGAAUCGUGACAAGUCCAUGCAAGCCUGAUAUCCGAGUUUACACUGACAGGGCAUUUACGCUC